GGAGCGGGCGAGACCCCGGCGGCGCGGCGGGCUCACGCGAGGCCGCGGCUUUGAGGCCUGGCCUGGAGCGGGGGGGCGCUCGGUCCUCGCCGCCCGCUGCGCCCUCCGCCUCCGGCGGGCAGGCCGGCAGACACCCCGGUGCCGCCCGCGGGCACCGCCGAGCCGGCCCGGGAGGCGCCUAUCGCCGCUAGAGGUGGGUGAUGCCGAGCACAGCCAUGAAGAAAAAGGUGCUGCUGAUGGGUAAAAGUGGGUCUGGGAAGACCAGCAUGAGGUCCAUUAUCUUUGCAAACUACAUUGCCAGGGACACACGGCGCCUGGGUGCCACAAUUGAUGUGGAACACUCCCAUGUUAGAUUUCUAGGAAACCUGGUGUUAAACCUGUGGGACUGUGGAGGGCAGGACACCUUCAUGGAGAACUACUUCACCAGUCAGCGAGACAACAUCUUCCGCAAUGUAGAAGUCCUCAUCUACGUCUUCGAUGUAGAGAGCCGUGAACUGGAGAAGGACAUGCACUACUACCAGUCAUGCUUGGAGGCAAUUCUUCAGAACUCUCCUGAUGCAAAAAUCUUUUGUCUAGUGCACAAGAUGGACUUGGUGCAGGAGGAUCAGCGGGAUUUGAUUUUUAAAGAGCGGGAAGAAGACUUAAGGCGCCUUUCUCGCCCCUUGGAAUGUGCUUGUUUUAGAACUUCCAUCUGGGAUGAAACACUUUACAAGGCUUGGUCCAGUAUAGUCUACCAGUUGAUCCCUAACGUCCAGCAGCUGGAAAUGAACCUGAGGAACUUUGCUCAGAUCAUCGAGGCAGAUGAAGUGCUUCUGUUUGAGAGGGCUACUUUCCUGGUCAUUUCUCAUUAUCAGUGCAAAGAACAGCGGGAUAUCCACAGAUUUGAGAAAAUCAGCAACAUUAUUAAACAAUUCAAAUUGAGUUGCAGUAAGCUGGCUGCUUCUUUCCAGAGCAUGGAGGUCAGAAACUCUAACUUUGCUGCUUUCAUUGACAUCUUUACAUCAAAUACAUAUGUGAUGGUGGUUAUGUCAGACCCUUCAAUACCUUCUGCAGCUACACUGAUCAACAUCCGCAAUGCCAGAAAACACUUUGAGAAGCUGGAGAGAGUGGACGGACCAAAGCACAGUCUGCUGAUGCGCUGAACAUUGGCCAAGGCACAUGGUCUUUGGGGGGAGAAAAAAAGAAUUGGAACUACUUUUUCUUUUUUUUAGGAGAAUCUAACAAUGUGGAUGUCUUUGUGGGCUUUGAAAUGAGUGUGCUGCUUACCACCGCAAUCUUUAUUUUUUCUCCUUUUAACGUUGGACACUAGUCGCUCAGAUGAUGUCUGGAUACACUGUGGACCUUCAGAAAAGACUUCCUGGCAUAUGUGGGGUUGGGAAGAAGCAAGGACAGGUGAUGUGCACGUGGUCUCAUACUUCCGGUUGUCAUAGUAGCACAUGGCAGAGCCUUUUCGGAUGUUUUGCUCCCAGGUGAUCAUACAAAUCACAGGGAUGGAAUAUUUACUAUUUUAUUGGUAGGUUGCUAGAAUACAUUUAUAAACUCCUUGUCUUCAGUCAUGAAAAUAAAUUUUUGCUACCAGGGAUUUUGGAUCCUAGAGCUUUGGAAAAUGGGCUUUCUUUCUUCUAAAAUCUAGGGCAGCUUUGGCAAGCAGAUGUGUAAGAGCUACAUUUCUUCUUACAUGCUACUUGUUGGGGGUUGGAGGGGAGUUGACUGAAGGUCAGGACAGGUUUCCAUUUGAAAAUCUUUUGUGUUGAGGCAAAAUUCAUUUACCCUGACUGAUUGUCUCUUUACACUUGUCAAAGUGCUGAAAAGAUCAGAGCAAAUGAAAGGAGCCUAAGCAGUGAGGUAGUCCUGGCAUGCUAGGUCUUCAUCCUGGUGAGCCGGGAGAUGCUAACAUGGGCAAGUAGGAAUACUACAAUGUGAUUGUUAUGGGUUGUGUGUGCAUGAGCUAUAUUAGCUAUGUUUGCAAAGAGCCAGUUGGACAGUGUUUGACAGCAAUAUGAUUUCACAUUGCCGUCUAUUUUUAGUGAUUUUUUUUGUGUGUGUGUGCAUUUCUAUUAAACAUAGGAGCAACAAAAGCACUAUGAGUUAGGGGAAUCUCUCUGACUUGGUGGAUGGGAGUUGAUGCUUGUGAAAGCAUCUUUUUUUUUUUCUUGCUGAAUCAAAUUAACUUAUAAAAAAAAAAAAGUGUGAUAAAUCUGAAUCUGAGCCUGGCUCUCCACUUGGUAUUCUCCAAAUCAUGCCUUUCCCCUGUAUCCAUGCCUACACACAUACCGGGGAAAAAUCUGAAAAGGUGAAUCUGUAAUGGGAAAACUGAAAGCUAAAGCGCAUAUCUCGGCUGGAGAGCUGAGAAUGGGUUAGCCACAAAAUCUUUCAUUGAUUCUCAGUCUUUGCAAUAUUAAACGCCCAUGUCUUGCACCACCUACUCAGCAGAUGUAUUUGUAAUAUAUAAGGCUAGGUAUAUUUUCAAUGAGAAUCAUCAAGUUGGCAUCCCUGUGGGAGUAGAACUCUGUUACCAAGAUUCUUAUUAAAAAUUCAAAUGUCUGAGUUUCUGGAGAACUUGUGAAUGGACUAGAGAUGCCAAAGUCUUCAGUGCCUGAAGAUGUGGAAUAUAGUGUCUCUCUUCUGGAAUGGGAAGAGCAAAUCUCGCCCACCCACAGCAUGAUCAAUUUUGUCUGAUGUCUGACUGGAGCGAGUCAAAAUGCAACCGCUGUUUUCUCUUGCAGAUGCUCCCCUGCUGCUUUGACAAGGUCAGUCUCUGCUUUCACUGCAGUCAAUAGAAACAUUAGAGUGGUUUUUUUCACCCAAACUCUGCCCUCUGUGCUGCUCGGCAAAGCAGGAGGAUGAAUAGCUUUCCUGCAGAUACACGUGUUGUCCGAGUCUCUGGAACUUCAACUUCAGAAGCCUCCAAGCAACUCCUGGGAAGGACUGUGCUUGCAGAAGGCAGGCAGGUUGCUGUCAAGAUCACAGGAAAGCAGAAGAUUGCUUGGGGCUGCAGUUCCAGUGCAGGUUUAAACUCCUUUUGAGAGCACUCUUUCAUAAGUAGACAGCUGUUGGUGGAGGGGAGAGAGAGGAAAAGAGGGUGGGAAAUUCAGUGCUGUUAUUUCCGUGGUUACAAAAAAUAGUGAGGUUUAUCUCUUGCUCUUCAUGUGGAGAGCAGCCUGGGAGUUGCCAUUCAGAUUCCUUAGAGGAUAAGUUGUUUAGCAUAUGAUGGGAAAUAGCAUUUAAAAAAAGAACAGAGUGGAGGAAGCAAAUAACAAACUGGUGCCAAGGAAGAGCAGUCUGAUAGUUGAUAAAUAGGAAUGAAACCCAGUUUGCAGGUAUUUUGGCUUGCUGAAGCCUCUCCAAAACCAGUGGUACACUGAUGGUAGCUGAGAUAUUGCUGUUCUCUCUUAUUGCAAAUCUAUUUUACUAAAGGUUAUAUAUUUUGAGGAUUCCUUUGGAAAAUAAUACUUUCCUUUUGCUCUCUGGCCAAGAUGCAGCUUGCACUGCUGUGUACACAUGCCCUCUAGCACAGCUGUCAAGUGGACACCAAUGUUGGUGAAAAUAAGCCAUAGUUUUAUUUCAAGACAACUCACACUUUGACAGUCCUGUGUUGUAUUUUGUUUCUGUGUCUCCCCAAAGCAAACUUUAAGUCCGGGUGUAAUUUGCCACCAGCAGAGGUCAGUGUGCAGCUGUGCUGUUCAGGAUGCUUCCCCAGGACUCCCCUGGCCUUUCAGAGUAGCAAGGUUUUGUGGAUCCAGAUCUCAGGAAGAGUUGUUCCCAGAUUAACUAGGGCAAUAGUAAGGCUUCCUCUGUUUCAACAGCUCUAGAUAAUAUUGCUAUUAAAAAAAAGAAUUCUCUAAAACCUGAUACUGUAGCUCCAGGUACAAGCACACCCCGCCACACACACACACACACACACACACACACCCCUCUCUCCAAAGAACCAAACGACUGUAAUAUCUCCAUAAGGUGUUAGAGGUCUAUCCUUUUUCUUUAGGACUUCACACUGCAAACUGUAGAAACUUCAGGUCACCCAUAACUAAGUUUAGGACAGAACUAGGCUGUGCACAUUCAAAAGAUGGUGUCCAUCUUCUGGACACCAGCUGUGUAGAUGCUAUAAAUUCUCAAUAUCUUCUCUUAGCUCAUUAGUUCUGUUUUCCUUGCUGUUAUCUGAAUUGGACUAAGCAUAGCUGAAAAAAUGCUUUGGUGUCAAAAUGAAUUAUUCUUCUCUGAAGUGUCAGUGAUGAAAAUGGAUUGUAGCUUCCUGUGACUUGAAGGGGCAGCUGCUCUGAUAAAGCCACCAGUGUUUUGGGGCCUGUAGUAAGGUCUUUAUGCUGCUUUCUUGGUUCUACUGGGCAGAAGCAGAGCAAGUAUCUGAAGCAUGAGGGCUACACUGGCAUGUGUAAUUGUAGUGGUUUUUUUUCCCUAUUCGAGGGGGCGCUUGUGUUUAUAACUGCUUUGGUUUUGGUUCUUAUCCCUGCUGGUGCACUGGAGGCCAAAAUACAAAGUGCUGCCCUUUGUCAUGGAGUCUGGGUCGGAACUGAGUUGCAAGUUUUUGUGACUUGAGGGCUACCAAGUGGCUUUUAUCCUAGUAAUGAGCGUUUGGAUUUUAGCCUAACUUGCAGAGCCCUCUUACAGAGGGUACUGCACAUAUCUGCCACCCAAGGGCUUCUCAAAAAUAUUGCACCAACUCUGAGUUAAUGUAUUGAGGUUUAGUAUCAUGGAAGGGGAGCAUGCUGAAAGUGUUUUGUGUUUACAGACUGCAGCCUGUGCUGUCUGGCCGUGCUCUGCCUGCAACGCGAGGCCCAAAGCUUUCCCGACCCCUUCCGGCUGCUGUCAUUUGGGAUAUGCCGGACGUAGUGCCCAGCGGUUUAGGGGCAAAGUAUAGAAAUGUGAGUUGGAGUUCACUUUACCUCCUCUCUGAAAAGGAAGAAUAGCUGCUGAAGCCUUCAAAUGGUAAUGAAAAUGAUGCUUCAGUCUGAAAUGGAGGGAAGCCUUUGGGUUCACGGAGCACAGGAUUAAUACUGGGGAAUGUGUGUUGAGAUGCACGUUACUCAGCUCGGAGGAGGAGUUGCCUGGAGAAUGGUAGUGCAGUUUGAGUCGUGCCGUCACAAAAAUGAGAAGUGGCCUGGCAGUCUCCCGUGGUGGUGCAUAUUGCCGGCUGUCUCUCUGGGCAGUAUUGAGCAUUCUAGGAGAUGUGAAGUGCCUGGGUGGCAUGGACAUGGGUCUGUGGGCUGCACUGGUGUUUCUCGUUCAGUACCAGGAUCUUCUGCAGCCAUGGUGUCUGUGCCCAUCAACAUCCUUUUCUUUGUGAGAGACUGGGGCUUGAUAUCCUCAUCAAAAUAGUCUCCCUCCUCUGCCUCUUCCAACCUAUCCAUGAAAGGCUGUGGAACAGGUAUAACACUUCAGCUAGGAGCUGAUUCCUAUGAUGCUUCCAAGGAGUGAUGGAGGUUCUGCAGAGUGAGUUUAAAUUCCCUAACGAUAGGCUUGCUUUGGUUACUUUCUGUUUAUUGACACCUCAUAAGUAGCACCUGGACCAUCCCUAAGGGCCUGUAGUUCAGAAGAGCAUUUGUCCAAAUCGUGUGCAGCCUCUGUGUCCAUCUGGGGAAGAGCUUUUUGCCAUGUGAGGUAUCAUAGCCAUACAUUAGCUGGGGGAAGGGAUACGUUGGGUGGUUAAAACUGUACACUGCUGCAUCUCAAACAACUGUGGCUCAGUGUAGAAUUAUGUCAGUGAGAAUGGGCCUCUGGAGGCCUCUGGUCCAAUAUGCCACUCCAUGUGGGUCCAGUUAGGUGAAGUUGCUCAAGGAUUUCUUUAGUUAAGACUUGAGUACCUCUAGGCAUGGAGUUUCCUCACCUAUUUUGGCCCUUGUUCCAAUAUGUGAUUGCCUUCAUGGUUUAAAGAAAAGAAAAAUCCAUAUUGCUAAUCAGUUUCCUGUGUUGCAGCUUGAGCUGUUGCCUCUUGUCUUAUCACCAUACGCCUCCGCAGUCUGGCUCAGACUUCUCGGUACCUUCCUGCUAGGCAGUUGCAGGCAGCAGUAAGGUCACCCUGCACCUUCUCCAGGCUGAACAGACCCGGCACCUUCAGCCUCUCCUCGUACCUCCUGUGUGCCAGCCCCAUGACCGAAUUGGUGGCCUCUGCUCGGCUUGCUCCAGCAUCUCUGUGUCUGUCAGCCUUGUACUGGGGAGCCCCAGACUAGAUGCAGUGUCCAAAUGUAGUCUCACAGUGCUGAAUAGAGGAGAAUAAAGACCUUCAGCAUUUCCCUA